GAGUUUUUCCCUGCAGGACUUCGUGAAGCAAAGAGUCGCGAACGCGCUCGGUUUGAAGGAAAAUCAGUCACUGGACACCUUUCUUGCGGAACGGGAUAAGAAAGCGGAAACUCAGUCGAAAUCCAAGUACGCGGUGCGGGAGGAGGUGAGCAAGCAAAUUGAGGAUUUGCGACGGGUGAUGGGGCAAAGUAUCAGCUCCGCGGAAAGUAGAUUAGAGGCGAAACUUAUCACCCGUGCGGACGUGCUGACCAUCGCGGGGGAUUUGCGCGACACCAUGAGCCACCUUAGGCGGGAGGAGGAAUUAGCAGUGAAGUCGUUGAAGCGGCGGGUGUCGGCAGUGGAAACAAUGGCGAAGCAGGAGGAAGCACAGAUUGAGAAAAAUAUCGCGAAGAUUAUGAUUGCAAAAAACACCAGCAGCUCAGGAGAGCGGGGACAGGGACAGGUCGUGCAGACGAGUGCUACAACUACCUCCGGAAAUCCAGCGGCUGACUCAGCAAGUUCUACUGUGCCGGUAGACGCAGGCCUAGGCUCCCCAACUGUGGAGAGGAGCAGCGCACAGGUCGUUUCGGAUCACCAUAGCACAGCCUCGCCGAGUAACAACAGCCCACAAGCAGGACAGGAUUUAAGUCCGACGAUUGAAGAAGAAUCGGCGCAAUGCGCAAACGGACCACGACUUGCUUAUGGGCAGAUUCACCAGCAACUAGACCAACCUAGCGUCCAAGACGUUCUUCUCCCCGUCGUAAAGCUCAUCUGCGAACCCUGGCGGAGUGUGGACGAACGACAAUUGCUAUUCGAAAAGCUCCGGCGAUGGUUGAAAGCAUCCGCAGCAGCAGAAAGUUCCCCGCUCGAGCAAUUAGCUGGACGGAAGAACAAGCGCACGAAAGCGGGCCGGACGUACGAUACGUACGUGGAGGAGACAAGUGCGCGGGACUACUACAAGAAGCAGCGUUCUUUAGAACAAAGCUACGACCUCCACAGCUCCUGCAGCGAAAAUGAGUCAAGCUCUGCGUCGCGUGCGAAUCGAGGUAAAAUAAAUCAAGUUGCAGCUUCGUCUUCCAGCGAGCUUAUCCUUGUUGCGGCGUCCUCUGAGCAGGGUAGGACUUGCAAAAAGAAGCACACACAGCACGACCGAAGGCCAAGGACGAGCCCUAGAGGCGCAUCUUCGAACAGCCGGACCAACACCUUGACACACGGGUGGAGCAACCGCUUGACGCAUGAAAACCGCAAAACCAGGGAGAAAGUGAAGAGUUUGCUGGAGCAAUUGCACGCAGCGCAAGUUCAAAGCCGGAGUUCUUCCUCAAAUCUACAACACUUUCCACCUCCCCCGCAUCCUGGUACAACCUCAACCGGUGGGUUAAACUCUCCGCCGCCGUCCUCGAGAACACCAAUGCACAGCUUUUUCGCCCCGACAAACCGAGAGCGCCAAGACUACAUUGCAGCAGAGAUGACUACAUCGCGAGCACAGACAGCGCCCUCUGUGCCAGCGAUAGGAGUCGGAGGUGGGACCAGCCUGACGACUCAUCCCGGUUUGGUUGAGCGAUGCAGUGGUGGUCAGCACAAUGGUGAGCCGGACGAGUUUCCGCUACCGCAUUCGUCUGCAGCGAGUACAACAACCGCCACCAGGAUCGCCUGCACCGGCAAUUGGUUGAAACUCAACAAUAUCCUGUGCAAAAGUAUCGUACUCGUAGUAAUUGCAAACAUGCAUUACAAAUCUAGUUCCUAAGCUAAAUCCGCAUAUACAAAUUUUAUUUCUCAUGCUGAGGAAAUUUGCCAUUUAUACGAGUGCGAUACUUUUGCAAUGCAUAAACAAUCCGCAGGAGAAGAAAGAACAAAAACGACCGAGCACAAGCACUGCGGCGUCGCGGCCGAGUACAUCGCAAGGAUCGAAGUUUUCUCGGGCGAAAAUCAACAAAACCUCAGGAGAGAGACCGCGUGUCGGGGGUACCGAGAAGCAAAAUGGUGAGGCAAAAAGCGUCCCUUCUGCUACUGCUGAUCAUGCGUCGGCCCUAUCGGCUGCUGCAGCUGCACCACCGGUCUUACUUGUCGAAGACACUUACGAAAGCAAAACGAGAGAAAUGAUGAAGCAAAACCAAAUUAAACCGUUGCGGGCCUUUACAACCGUGAUUCCGCGACCCAAAAUCUUGCACGUGCUGGGUCCAGCGUCGAAAGUUGCAGCGGGAUCCUCGGGUGACGCGGCUACGGGUGGUGUUGCAAAAACACAAGAAGUAAAUUCUACAUCUAUAGCAGGAGCGCGGGGAGCAUUUAGUCAUUUGGAUGACGAUCUUGACGAGACGUAGAGACUGCACGUUCGUAUCACUUGACGUUGGUUUGGAUAUGAUACGUGAGGGAAGUGCUAGCAUGUGAAAGUUUUACUGGUUUGUAAAAAACCUGCGGUAACAAGCUUAAAAGGACUUUGUAAUUCUCGACAU